UUCUGAUUUGCAGUUUCUCGCGCUUGAAAUAUUUGAAUAACUGCUCCUUGUUACGAUGCUGUAAAUGCCGGAUCAAUGUGAAAUGCUUUUCGGCUUUAAUAGAUGUUAUUAGUCGAGCCGGUUAAAAACGUGCAGAGAUUAUUCAUGCCCCUAGGCAAUAGUUUUGUUUAAUCAUUUUUCACGUCACUCAUACUCAUCGUCGAUUUUCUUGAAGCAUAUUUUGAAACUCUUGGUUUGGCUUGUGUGAAAUAGUGCUCAUCUAUGUUGGAGGCACGCUACGAAUCGCCAUCGCUGUCUCAAGUUCCCUGAGUCGACGUGCCGUAAGAGCCGUUUUACCUUGUGGCUAGCGCAACCUAAAACAAGAAACGACGUAACAGGAUAAAAUAUACUUGGCAUACAAUGAAGCUUUUUUUGUUUGUCUUCUGUAUUCUGGUAACCACUUCGAGCAAAGGACAUUCAGCUGGAGUUAACCAUGUUCAACACUGCGAGAAUCCGAGAAGGAUCUCCAACCUUGAGGCUGAUUUGAUUCUUGGUGGGUUGUUUCCUGUUCAUGUUAUGCAACCGACGGGUAAAGGGACACAACAAGAAUACGAUAUCAAUUUUUACGGAGUUAACUGGGUCGAAGCGAUGUUGUUUACUAUUAAUGAAAUCAACCACGAUCCCCGCUUCUUCCCACUGAAUUUUACUUUGGGCUAUGACAUUAAAGAUUCAUGCAACGAUGUGCCUGUGGCAUUGAAAGCUACCCUCGACUUUGUUCUCGAUGCUGGAAAUACGACUAUCGACAAAAUUAUCUCCAAGAAUUGCUCUACUCGGUAUUGCAAAUGUACUGACAAGCAGACACUUAUAUCUGCAGUAAUUGGAGCGGCCUCAUCGCCGAUAUCCACUAACGUAGCAAAUCUUCUAGGAGUAGACAAUACACCUCAAAUUAGCUACUCCUCUACAAGCGUUCUUCUCAGUGAUAAGACUGUGUAUCAUUCUUUCUUUAGGACGAUACCAUCCGAUACGUAUCAGGCUCAAGCCCUUGCUGAUUUGCUGAAACAGUUUGGUUGGACGUAUGUGUCUAUCGUUGCAUCUGAUAACGCUUACGGGCGCGCAGGCCUAGACUCCUUGCGAUCAGAACUUAAAAAGAAGAACAUCUGCAUCGCUCUGGAGGAAAUUUUUAAUCCCUCGCUGCCCCAAAAUGAACUACGUCGCAUUAUCAAGUCUCUUAAGAGCACGCCACGCGUUAGAGUGAUCAUUUUAUGGUGCGAAAGGCCGAAUGCGCUAGGGUUCUUAAACGAAGCGUCCCGUAAAAGGUUGAAGGGCAAAACUUGGAUUGGAACGGAAACCUGGGGAGACGCGUGGCAGCUGGAAUCAUUGGAUGAAAACGUCGUAGGAGGGAUGCUUGGAGUGUUGCCAUUGCUGAAAAAGCAUACUGCAUAUGAAGAACAUCUGAAGAGUCUAAAUCCAAACAAUACCGAUCAUAAUCCGUGGAUGUGGGAAUACUGGACAAAAAAAUUUAACUGUAGCUGGGACACGGAAGGUUUAAUGAACAGUACUUACAGCCGUGUCCAUGUAAGAGAGAGAGAAUUGUACGUUUACAAGACCAAGCAUCCAAAUAUGACUAUAAUCUGUCCAAAAUACCCACAGGCUGGUCCUCCAACUGGUGAUCUACUGCCCCGGAAUAAAUACACAAAUGUUAUGGACGCUGUUUACGCAGUCGCUCAUGCUGUGAAAAAUAUUUUGGAUUGCAAGGAUAGAGGCAGUUUUCUUUUGGAUGCACGUGAAAAAUGCCUUUCUGUUGAUGAAAUAACACCGAAUGACAUCCUGAAAUUCCUAAAAAACGUGUCCUUCGAGGGAAGGUCUGGCUCACAAAUCAUGUUUGAUGAAAAAGGGGAUCUGCGUUACGGAUCAUACGCGAUUAAAAACCUCCAACGGUCUGGCAAUAACGAAAUGAAAUUUGUUGAGAUAGGUAAUUGGAGUGGAAUUGAUGGUAAACUUUCACUCAGUAACAACUCUAAGAUCAUGUGGAAUGGUUGGAGUGCAGAACAACCAAUCUCAACUUGUUCAGACGAGUGUCGUGCUGGGUUUUAUCCGGUCAAAGAAAGUGUGAGAUGCUGUUGGAAGUGCGUUGAAUGCGAGACUGAUUUUAUAAAGCCUAAGGCUGGACAGGACAAAUGUAGGAAAUGCCCAAGUGGUUACGUCUCCAACGCGCCGAGGACCAAAUGCGUGAAACUGAAAUCUGACUUCCUCUCCUGGGGAGAUGUUGAAGGGAUUAGUGCAGCCAUACUCGCUGUUAUUGGAGUUUUUAUAUCUGUCAGUGUCUUGGCAGUUUUUUACAAGUAUCGCAACACAGCUGUGGUAAAAGCAUCCAAUCGAGAGCUCUCGUUCGUGCACUUGGGAUGCAUCGUAGCUAUUUUCGCUCUACCGUUGGUGACGAUUGGUAAACCAACAGUAGCUGGCUGCACAGCAUUUCCAUUCUCCUUUGCAAUUCCUUUGACCCUCUGUACUUCCAUAAUGCUGUUAAAGACAGACAGACUCCUGCGCAUAUUUCAAGCCAGGUCUCGGCUGACCGCUUCAAGCAGCUAUCUCAUCAGCAAUAAGAUGCAGGUGAUCGUUGCGGUCAUAAUGACUUUAGUUCCAGUUAUUCUGACAACGAUUUGGCUGAUUGUUGAUCCACCCAAUGUCAUGAUUAAGGUUGACAACUCAAGAGAAGGAUGGCAAAUAAUUAGCUGCGACGAAUCUCACGAACUCUUAAACAUUGUUAUUCUGGCGUACGUUUUGAUUAUUGCCCUGCUAUGCACUUACUUUGCUUUUAAAGCCCGUAAGCUUCCUGAAAAUUUCAACGAAGCAAAAUUCAUCUGUUUCGCCAUGUUUGCGUUUUGUAUUUUCUGGCUGAGUUUUUUCCCCGCCUAUUAUGACAGCACAGGCUCGACGCGCAAUUUCGUGUUUUGUUUAGGAAUUCUUAGUUCAGGCUAUGCUGUUCUGUGCAUCAUGUACGUUCCAAAACUUCGCGUGAUUCUCUUUCAUCCUGAAAACAACACUACUGAGGCAUUCAGGGCAACAACUAUGGUGGCCAUGAAGAAAGCAGGGGUAGUUGUUUCUUCCAAUAGUGGGACGCCUCCCCGAAUAACACCACUUCCUUCCCCUGUACCUUCAAGGCGUAAUUCUCUCGACUUGGUUGUUACAAAUGAAGGAAGAACUUCUGCAGUGAGCAUUGGUCGGACGAUUUUACCAUCAUUGACUCAGUAAGGUCACAGUUAGUUUUUAAUGAACAAUGCUCAUUGUUCCUUCCCCUCUACCCUCAAGGCGUAAUUUUCCCGAACCGGUUGUGACGAAUGAAGGGAUGACUUCUGCAGUGAGCGUUGGUCGUACGAUUUUACAAUCAUUGCCUCAGUUAGGUCAAAAUUAGUGUUUAUAUUUAACAAUGCUCAUUCUCUUGUUAAACUUACGACAGUACAUUGGGUGGACUAUUGCCAUAACAAUCUUGAUUUCAUGGCUUGACAAGAAUGAACAUAAUUUGAUUACUGGGAGUGAAAUCCAUAAAGAGAGCAAUAAAUCUUCGGCUGGCUUUGAUUUUUAAGGCUCUAAAUCUCUUCUCCUUAUGUGAUAUCCUAACGACUCUGGUUUCGUAAGACGGAGUGAAUAAUUUUCAUAAUUGUUUGAUGUUAGACAUUUGCACUUGAUUUAAUAAGUAAUACACAGACCUUUUACCCUAAGUAGUAUAUCUAAUCAACUUAAUUAAUGUAUCAUGUCUUCAGGUGGAACUAUCAUAGAUAAUUUUAGAAAGAGAAAAAGGCUGUGCAGUGUAACAUCUGAUCGCUUUCUAAUUAUUUUUGGAAUUAGUAUUUAGUUAAUAAUUUUUGUUUUGUUGUCUCAUACUUCCUCGUUAAUAUUUUUGAUUAGUUUGUCAUCGUUUUGUCAUCAGUUACACCUUCACUUUCGUACGGUUGCAUACCGAGCGUAGUUAAGCAUUCCCCUUAUGUAAAACCCGGUUUCCUUCUUAGCUUAGUUUAAGCUAGAGUUGCGCUAAGCGCAAUUUUCUGUUAUUAAAGCACUCUUUGACAGUUUAUGUAGGCGAUAUCAAUGUAAGAAUUUUGCCGUUUGUUUGUAUUUCGUUUAUCCUAGUUAAAUUAUAUUGUAUUCACGGCUUCAGUUUUA